AUGACGGAGAAACAUGACCCGACCGGAACUGCUGCUGAGAGCGGUGAGCCGGGCCUCCGGGAGCUGAGAGGCGGCAGUGCCGGCGCCAGCAUCCUCGUCCGCCGCUCGCCGGGCGCGGAGGGGACGUGCCGGGGCGAGCGCCGCUGGGUAUCUGCUUCCGAGGCGGAAGGACCACACCAGCGUCGCGGCUUCUGUGCAGUGGGCGCUCGGGGGCCGGGGCUGUCCGGCCCGGCGGGUUCUGCGGGCGUCCGGGGGACCCCCGGGGAGCCCGCAAAGCCAGGCCGCUGCGAGGCUUUGAUGAAGAAGGAUGACAGUGAAGUUGGGAGACGGCGGCGGCGGCGGGGAGGACGGGCUCAAGCGGCUGGGCAAGCGGGCGGCCGACGACGACUCGCUGGAGGGCGAGGGGCCCCGUCCCCGCCGCCCGCCUGCCCUCAGGACCAGCACCACUUCCUUCGGUCCAGCGUGAGGCCGCAGAGCAAGAGGCUCAGGAAGGACUCGUCGUGCGCCGGGGGGAGCGGCGGCGCGGGCGGCUCGGGGCCGCGCGGAAAAGGAGCUGACGGUGGCGGAUCAUCGUCCGGAAAUGGGUCUGGGGCUGUUCCUGCUGCACCUGCGGGGGGCUCUCGCUCCUCUUCCCGGAACUUGGGGUCUUCCAGCGGUGAGAAGGAAGAAGGCAAGAAGGCCCGGCGGCAGUGGGAGUCGUGGAGCACAGAGGAUAAGAACACUUUCUUCGAGGGGCUCUAUGAGCAUGGGAAAGACUUUGAAGCCAUUCAGAACAACAUUGCCCUCAAGUACAAGAAGAAAGGCAAACCAGCAAGCAUGGUGAAGAACAAAGAGCAGGUUCGGCAUUUCUACUACCGCACGUGGCACAAGAUCACCAAGUACAUUGACUUUGAUAACGGGGAGGUGUGGCUACCUCCUGUCUCCACGUGUCAUGCCUGCCUCUCCGUCAUCAAUUCACCUUUCUUGAUGUUGCUCUUCGUUUCUAUAGCUUCACUCAUAGCUCGGUCAUUCCGGACAUUUGUUUCUACCAACGUCACUCAUUUCUGA